GCAAACUUGUUAGGAAAGGAACCCAAAUUACCUUCAUCUUUUUUACAUUAAAAAUAUAUUAAUAAAUCCAAUAAUAUUUUAAUGAAAAAUAGUACUGCAAAAUUAACAAAAAGAUCUUUUUAUUUGAAAAGUUACUUUUUUUUCCCAAAAUUCACAGACACCCCAGUCCAAUCUUUACCGUGUACCAGAAUCAUUUCAUAAUAAAAAAAAAAGAAAACAAAAAGGAGAGACCUUUGUAUUUUCAAGAUUCAUAGAACCCUUUGUAGCUGUGCCCUUUGUAGUGUCAGUGUGUUAUGCAUUUUCAAGUUUGUUAGGAAGAAAAGAAAACACAAUGAAUCCUUCAACUUCAACUUCAAGAAGAAAGAAGAAGAAGAAAGUUACUUACUAUGAAGAUCACAACUUCAUUAACACCAUUUUUUCAUGGUCUCUUCAAGACAUCUUCAAUGAAGAUCUUUACAAAAACAAGGUGGAUUAUAUUGAUUUAUACUUCAAAUCUUUUGAGCAAUAUUUUAAGUCAUUUGUGUAUCCUUUGUUGGAAGAAACACGAGCAAAUCUAUGUUCUUCUAUGGAGAAUUUGUCUAGUUCACCUUAUGCUCAAGUGGUUUCUCUUGAAAAGAAACUCUCACAUUCAUGUGGUAGAAAUCACUAUGUUGUUAAAACUGAUACUUGGAAAAAUACCUCUUCUGGUUAUGGAAAAGAGCUGAACAAAACAUUGUCUGGAGAUGUUUUUAUUUUGGCCGAUUUUAAACCCGAAACUGUUAAUGAUUUAACAAGGUCAGGAAAGACGUGGAGCUUUGUGUUGUCAGCCGGUGUUCUUCAUGAUACUGAACUUAUGUCUACUUUUAAAGUGAUUGCUUCUAAAGACAUUGACGUAGAUGAGAUGGGGAAAAAGUCUAUGUUUAUUAUAUUCUUGACGAAUAUAACGCCUAAUAGAUGGAUAUGGAACGCCCUGCAUAUGGGUGGAGAUUCGAAGCUCAUUGAGAGGAUUUUAUGUGCUACUGAUGUGGUGAGCUGUGAUUACUGUUCUCCGAAGACUGAUGCUCUUAAGGAUGAUAAAACAUAUCAAAGGUUGUCAUCUGAAUUGAAUGAGUCGCAAACCAAGGCAAUUUGUGCUUGCCUUUCUUCCAUUCAUUGCAAUCAUAAGUCUACUGUGGAUCUUAUUUGGGGUCCACCAGGAACUGGAAAAACAAAAACUUUGAGCACACUGCUUUUCGCUCUAUUCAAAAUGAACUGUAGAACGCUUGUUUGUGCCCCAACAAAUGUUGCCAUUAAGGAAGUGGCAUCGCGUGUCUUGAGCAUUGUGAGAGAAUCAUUUGAUGGAAAUUCCGAUGCUUUGUUCUGUAACUUAGGAGACAUGCUAUUGUUUGGGAAUCAUGUGCGGCUCAAAGUUGGUGCAGAAAUUGAAGAGAUAUAUUUGGACUAUCGUGUCAAGCAGCUGAUCCUUUGUUUCACCCCACCUAAUGGUUGGAUAUAUUGUUUUGGUUCAAUGAUUGAUCUUCUUGAAAUUUGUGUUUCCGAUUAUCAUAAAUUCAUUGAGAACGAGAUGAGAAAAGAAAAGGCGCAAAUUGAUGAUAAUAAUUUUAAUGGGGCAAAAGUUGACAAGCCUUCCAUUUCUGGUGUGAGGAUGUACAAAUCUUUCAUCGAGUUUGUCAGAGAGAGGUUUCUGUCUAUAGCAUUGCCACUCAGAGACUGUAUUUCCAUCUUAUGUACUCAUAUAUCCAGAAGUUGUAUUAUGGAACAUAACUUGAAAGAUUUGGCUUGUCUUAUUCACUCUCUCGGUUCAUUUCAAGCUUUGUUGUUUGCAAAUAAUAUUUCUUCUGAAAAACUGGAAGAACUUUUCUCUCCUCCAGAGAGUCAAGAUAGUUCUUUUGAGUCGGUAGUAGUAAGUGCUGCUGAAUACUCAUUGCACCAGAGCAGAACUGAAUGCCUUUCUCUAUUACGAACCCUUAAAGUUUCACUUGGUGACCUCGACCUUCCAGAUGUUGUGACAGAAGAGUCAAUCAGAGAGUUCUGUUUUCAAACAUCUUCAUUAAUAUUUUCCACCGCUUCCAGCUCCUUUAAGCUGCAUUCUGUUCCCAUGGAACCUCUAGACAUUUUAGUGAUUGAUGAAGCUGCACAGUUGAAGGAAUGUGAAUCCAUCAUACCUCUACUACUUCCGGACAUAAACCAUGUUAUUCUUGUUGGAGAUGAACGCCAGCUACCGGCAAUGGUUGAAAGUAGUGUUUCUUUGGAAGUCGGUUUUGGGAGAAGUUUAUUUGCGAGACUGAGCACAUUGGGUCAUCCGAAUCACUUCCUCAAUAUACAGUACAGGAUGCAUCCAGCAAUUAGUUCCUUUCCAAAUUCAAGCUUCUAUUUGAACCAAAUUCUUGAUGCACCAAAUGUUAUUGCAAAGAAAUACAGGAAACAAUAUCUCCCAGGGAAAAUGUUUGGUCCAUACUCCUUUAUAAAUAUAAUUGGUGGCACCGAAGAGUUUGAUGAUGCUGGACGAAACGGGAAAAAUAUGGUUGAAGUGGCGGUCGUGAUGAAAAUAAUUAGAAAUUGUUUUAGAGCAUGGUUUGACUCAAACCAGAACCUCAGUAUAGGUGUAGUGUCUCCAUAUGCUGCCCAAGUUGUUGCAAUUCAGGAUAUGCUUGGACAGAAGUAUGAUAAGCACGUAGGUUUCGAUGUGAAGGUGAAAACAAUAGAUGGUUUCCAGGGUGGAGAACAGGACGUUAUUAUCUUAUCAACCGUUAGAACUGAUUGCAAUACUUCACCUGGGUUCAUCUCAAAUAACCAGAGGACUAAUGUUGCUCUUACCAGGGCUAGGCAUUGUCUAUGGAUAUUGGGAAAUGAAAGGGCCCUUGUAAGUCAGGAAAAUGUAUGGAAAACUUUGGUGCUUGAUGCUAAAAAACGUCAAUGUUUCUUUAAUGCGGAUGAAGACAAGGAUUUAGUGAAAGGUAUAAGGGAUGCCAAGAAAGAGCUGGAUCAACUUGAUGAUUUGCUUAAUGCAGAUAGUGUCAUUUUCAGAAACUCCAUGUGGAAGGUUCUUUUCAGUGACAACUUCCUUAAAUCAUUUAAAAGACUGCGAUCCGAGCAGAAAAAGAAGUCUAUCAUUGGACUCUUAUAUAAACUUUCUAGUGGAUGGACACCGAAAAGGAUUGAAGUGGACUUACAUUGUGGAAGUUCAUCACAUAUGUUAAAACAAUUCAAAGUUGAAGGUCUCUUUAUUGUUUGUUCAAAGGAUAUCAUAAAAGAAUCAAGGUACACUCAAGUUUGGAAGAUAUGGGACAUCUUGCCUCUAGAGGAUAUCCCAAAAGUAGCGAAGAGUCUUGAUAAUAUAUUUGCAAGCUACACUGAUGAUUUUAUUAAACGCUGCAGUGAGCAAUGUUUAGAGGGGAAAAUUGAGGCCCCCAUGACCUGGGAAAAAACAACAGAUAUCAUCAAGUUUAAGAACAUUGAUAAUCUUGGAAAUGAAGCUUGUUAUUGUGAUGAAAGAAUUUAUGUUGAGAAUUCAAAAGUUGAGGAGAGCUUUUUAUUGAUGAAAUUCUACUCAUUAUCACCAGUUGUGGUUAGCCACUUGCUUUCUGAUCGUAACAUUGAUGAAUUAGAUUUUCCAUUUGAAGUAUCUGAUGAAGAGCGUGCGAUAAUUAACUUUUCUAGAAGUACAUUUAUAUUGGGGCGCUCUGGUACCGGCAAAACCACUAUAUUGACCAUGAAGUUAUGUCAAAAAGAGAACUUGCACCAUAUGGCUCUUGAAGCAACAUAUGGAAUUAAAAGUGGUGCAUUUCCUUGUUUGAAUCAUGAUAAAGAGCAUGAAGAAAGCUCUAAUGGGAAUGACAAACCUAUCUUACGCCAAUUAUUUGUGACAGUGAGUCCUAAACUAUGUCAGGCAGUAAAAGAUCAUGUUGUUCGAUUGAAAAGAUCCAUAUGUGGAAGCAAUGUCUCUGCUGAAAGUAAUCCUAUUGAGGAAGAUGUUAAUGUUGAUACAUCAGUUCAGUUUAAGAAUAUACCAGAUUCAUUGAUAAAUCUUCCAGCCAACUCAUAUCCACUUGUGAUAACAUUUCAGAAGUUUCUAAUGAUGCUUGAUGGGACUUUGGGGAAUUCAUAUUUUGAAAGGUUUGGUGUACCAUAUGUUGCUUUAGAGACCUUGAUGAGGAAGAAGGAGGUGACUUAUGACAGGUUUGAUUCAUUAUAUUGGCCGCAUUUCAAUUCCCAGUUUACUAAGACUCUAGAUCCAUCUAGAGUGUUCUCUGAAAUCAUGUCUCAUAUAAAAGGGGGUAUGCAAGCACUGGAGCAUGAUGAUGGUAAGCUAAGUCGUGAGAGUUAUGUUUCCUUAUCUGAAAACCGAGCAUCAAGUUUGAGCAAACAGAAAAGAGAGAUGAUAUAUAAUCUUUAUCAAAGUUAUGAAAAAAUGAAGAUGCUUAGAGGGGAUUUUGAUUUAGCUGAUAUUGUAGCUGAUCUUCAUCUUAGACUCAGGACUACAAGAUACGAGGGUGAUGAGCUUCAUUUUGUGUAUAUUGAUGAGGUGCAGGAUCUAACCAUGAGCCAAAUAGCUUUGUUUAAAUAUGUAUGCCCAAAUAUAGAAGAGGGUUUUGUUUUCUGCGGGGAUACUGCACAGACAAUAGCAAGGGGAAUUGAUUUUAGGUUCCAGGAUAUAAAAUCUCUCUUUUACAACAAGUUUGUUCUGGAUUCCAUGAAAAGUUCAUAUAAUCAGGGAAAUGAAAAAGGACUGGUUUCAGAUACUUUUUUAUUGAAUCAAAACUUUCGGACUCAUGCUGGAGUGCUGAAAUUAUCACAAAGCAUCAUUGAGCUUCUUUCUCGAUUUUUUCCUCAUUCUAUUGAUUCUCUCAAGCCUGAGACCAGCCUCAUUUAUGGGGAAGCUCCAGUUGUUCUUGAAUGUGGAAAUAGGGAAAAUGCAAUGGUAACUAUUUUCGGCAAUAGUGGACAUGUGGACGGGAAAGUUGUUGGCUUUGGAGCGGAGCAAGUAAUUUUGGUACGUGAUGAUUCGGCGCGGAAGGAAAUUUUAAGCUAUGUUGGGAAACAAGCUCUUGUUUUAACCAUUUUAGAGUGCAAAGGCCUCGAGUUUCAGGAUGUGUUGCUCUACAACUUUUUCGGCGCUUCAGCUUUGAAAAGUCGUUGGAGGGUGAUUUAUGAGUACAUGAAUGAACAAGAUAUGCUGGAACCUGCAGAAUCAAAGUCUUGUCCAAGUUUCAAUGAUUCCAAACACAAUAUUUUGUGCUCUGAGCUGAAACAGCUAUAUGUGGCUAUAACCCGUACAAGACAGAGAUUUUGGAUAUGCGAGAAUACAGAAGAAUAUUGUAGACCUAUGUUUGAUUAUUGGAAAAGGAAGUGCCUUGUACAAUUCAAGGAACUGGAUGAUUCACUUGCUCGGGCAAUGAAAGUUGCAAGUAGUCCUGAAGAAUGGAAGUCACGUGGCAAAAAGUUAUAUUAUCAAAAUAACUAUGAGAUGGCAACAAUGUGUUUUGAAAGAGCCGGGGACUCUUAUUGGGAAAAAAAGUCUAAGGCAGCUGGUCUUAGGGAAACUGCACACCGUUUACAUGACUUGAAUCCUGAAGAUGCAAAUGCUGUGCUUAGGGAAGCUGCUGAAAUUUUUGAAAGCAUAGGGAUGGCUGAGUCUGCUGCCCAAUGUUUUUCUGAUUUGGGGGAUUAUGAAAGAGCUGGUAAGCUUUACUUGGAAAAAUGUGAAGAGACUGAUUUGAAAAGGGCAGGGGAUUGCUUUUAUUUAGCUGGUUGUCACGAAAUGGCAGCUCAAGUGUAUGCUAGAGGAAGUUUCUUCUCGGAUUGUUUGAAUAUUUGUGCAAAAGGUGGAUUGUUUGACACUGGCUUGCAUUACAUUCAACACUGGAAACAAAAUGAAAGUGCUGACCCUGGUUGGGCUAAUAGUCAUGAAUUGUGCUCGGAAAUAUUUUUGCAACAAAGAUAUUAAAUCCAUGAUGAAAUUUGUUAGAGCUUUUCAUUCAAUGGAUUUGAAGCGUGAGUUCUUACAAUCACUAUGCUUACUUGAUGAGCUUCUUGAAUUAGAAGAGGAAUCGGGCAACUUUAUGGAGGCUGCAA